GCGCGUUCCCGGAAGAGCUCAGAGGUGGGCGCAGUGUGGUCACAGCCCGUGGCCCCUGAGGCCAGAGGGUUGAUAAGGAGGAAGCUAAUGAGGGGACAGCCAGUGCUCCCGAAGGAGAGGAAGAGAGUGAGCAGGAGUGACUUUCCAGGGGCGCCCGGAUGCUGCUCUACUCGGCUGCAACACUGGGAGGAAGCAGAAAACUUAUAGCCCAGCUUUGAUUAAAGAUGACUUCCUUGUUUACUCAAGAAAUUCACCUUUCUAAAAGACAUGAAGAAAUAGUAUCACAAAGAUUAGUGUUACUUCAGCAAAUGAAAAAUAAAUUUGGAGAUCAAAACACGGAAAGGGCAUCUCUCCUCCAAGCCGCUGAGACUGCUUCUCGAAGGAACCUCCGGCUCUUGCAGGACAUAGACGCUGCAGAGAAGACUUUUCAGACCAAACUUACCCAACACCCACAGCCUGCGAUGCUUUCUCUUGAGACUCAUUACUGGGCAUCAGUAGAAGAACAUGUCCCCGAAUGGGAACCGUUUCUUUUAGGAAGAGCACUGUAUCCAAUUGGGGCUGCAAAUCAAACUGCGGCACCAUUUAUUCAAAACGAGGCAAAGUCAUAACUUAUUCCUAUGCUUUCAAAAAAAAACCCUAUUUGAUAAAUCUAUGUAAGUCAUGGCAGAACUUAGGGAAGAAGCUUUAUUUGUUAUUGUUUACUAUUGUUAAAUUGCUUCCUCGGCAACAACAUCUGUAUGAGAGUCCUCUGGAAAGUCUCAGGCUAGACCCUUGGUCUGUGGUCAUAGAUUUGCCAAGAAAAGUGUUAAAAAUUAGUGGUAAGGCAGAAUGUUUAUUAAAUCAGUGUUAUGUUUGCUUAAAAUAUGCACCGUCAUUCUCAACUAGACAGGUUGGCUGCUGGUAUCCUAGAGUCAUGGUUUCCCAUCAUCCACUAUGGGAAGAGGAGCAGGAACAAGGCGCUGGCUUGCUUACGUGAAACUCCAUCAUGCUUAGCUGCUCUUGCUCAAUAGUGGUUAUCAGCAAAUGGAUCCACGGGGCUGUGCGCCUCAGACAGACUUCUCCAGGUCCUUAACUAUAAAGCAUUCAAUAUGGAGCCAGUUUUGGGAGGGCUUGGGAUGGCUUUGAAAAAGAUCUAUGAGAGCUGGGAAUGGCUACUGAAUUCCGACAGGCUUAUUUGAAGAUUACCAACCUUGUGAAAACACAUACCUCUCCCUCAAUGCUGUCUGUCAACUCGCCCUCCCCCUCCUUUCUCUUAACGUUAUCUCUAAAACUUAAAACUAAAACAAAUAAACUUGGAAAGCUGUGGGUCACAACCCUCAGGAGAGCUUGGAGUCUCUGCUUUCCUUACUGGCUGCCUGGGCUCUGGGAAGAAAACAGCAUGGUUUCCUAGCUGUGGAGACAGCUUCUGGAGAGGAGCCUGCACUGUACCACAGGGAACUAUUCGGAAUUGAAAAUGUGGUUUUAUUGUGGUAAAGGUUCUUCUUCCUUUUUUUUGGUAUUGCCUUUAAGAUAAACAUCUCACUCUGUAGACCAAGCUGGCCUUGAAGUCACAGCCAUCCUCUUGUUUUCGCCUCUGAAUACUGGGAUUGCAGAUAUGAGCCCUGAAAUUUAGGUCAUUUGUGUUUUUAAAAGAAGACAACAGAAUAAGUUAAAGUGCACAUAAGCCUUCACUACAACAGAAAACUAGUAAAGCGUCCAUUGUGCAACAUGUCCCUGUUCACUGCCAUCUUGGAAAUGUCCUGUUGAGUGGGUGUUGGUGUGGGUAACAAUAACAUUGUUUUCAUAAUAUGCGCUGGCAGAUUAGCACACUUCUCUGCAGUGUUAACAGUUGUAAUUAAGGAAUAAACAGCACAGGGUGUCA